ACAGUUUUUGAAAGGAUAUCUCACCAGAGGGCUCACGUUAGUGAGAGGCUGGGGAAGAAUCCGGACAAGGCACCCCAGGGCUGGGUACGACCCCAGGCUAGCCAAGUGGCAUCCUCUAACCAUGAACCCCGGUAGCAAACCGGCCGGGGUGGGAGCCAAGCGCCAAUGCGGCCAUUAGUGGUCUUGGACGAGGAGGAAGUUCAGAGUCAAGCCAGGGUCCCGGCGGCGCAGCGUCUGGGACCACAAGUGCCGGAAGCUGGCGAGUUCCAGGAUCUGAGACAACAGAUCCAGGAGAUGCAGAGGAAGAUAAACAGGGGACGAGUGUUCACUACCCGGACGAAUACUCUGCUCGCCCCUGAGAUCUUUGCAGAACCGUAUCCUCAGGGGUUCAAAGUGCCGUUUGUCAAGCGUUAUGAUGGAGAAUCGGAUCCCCAAGAACACAUAAAUAGCUAUGUCCAGGUGAUGAUCGCCGUUGAUACCAGUGAUGCGUUGAUGUGCAGAUGUUUCUUGCAGACGGUCGAUAGCAAGGUUGCGGAUUGGGUGAAUCACAUUCUAGCCGGAUCAAUCCGGACUUGGGAUGAGUUGGGAUUGCGGUUCCUAGAGCAUUUUGCAGGGAACUGCCGUCCCAAAAAGCAUUUUACCCACUUGGCCUCAGUACGGCAGAAGCACGGGGAGUCCUUGAAGAACUUCCUCGUCAGAUGGAGAACAGAAUCCAUGGAGGUUGAAGGAAUCGACGAUAAAUCUAGGUUAGCCAUGUUCACGGCGGAACUGCAAGAUGGUCUCCUUCAUACCGAUCUCACAACUCAUCCCCCAGAUACCUUUGAGGAAUCAAUGGUUCGGGCCGGAAGGUAUGUGACCCUGGAGGAGAAGAAGGAGGAGAAGAAAGAGAAGACUCCCAAGGAAGAAGAGAAGGCGGGAAACAAGAAGCCCUUCAAGAACAAGAAGCAGGGCUUCCCAGAUGGCCCGAAGGGCACGAACCCUGGGACCUCGGAGAAGCACAAAUCUGCUAAUCCAGUGUUUACAUUACCGGUGGCUGUGGUCAUGGCCCACACUGCACAGCAGGGACUAAUGACAUAUCCAACCUAUUCCCAGAAGGUCUGCAAUGUGGAGGAAACUGGGAAAUGGUGCGCUUACCAUCGCAAGAAUGAUCACAACACGAAAGACUCUUAUACCUUGAAGAAUGAGAUGGCCAGAAUGGGAAGCGUAGAAAAGGGCAGGUGGCCCCAGGAGAAACGCCACAUCGGACUUGAAGAUGAAGAGGAAGAUUCAGAACCCGCUCCACACCGACAGAAGAGGCACCAUGGGUGUAAUUACAUCAUUGGUGGAAACAUUGGUGGAGAUUCGGCCACAACUCGAAAAAUGUGGGCUAGUGCGGCGAUGGUCAAUAAGGUGGCGGCCCCCGCCCAACCGGAAGGUAAGAAGCUAAAAACUGAGCCGAUUGUAUUUUCUAAUGCUGAUUUGCCAGAAAUGGGGGUCCCCCAUAGGGACGCUCUAGUGAUUACGAUCGAUAUAAUGGACUUGCUGAUCCACAAGACUUUGGUGGAUACGGGAAGUUCCGUUAACGUCAUGUACAUGGAUACUUACAAGGCUCUUGGUUUGAUGAGACAUGAGUUAUUGCCCAUUAAGACUCCUCUGACCGGGUUUACGGGCCACUCUAUUGAACCGGAGGGGGUGAUAACCCUGCCGGUCGAGGUAGGAGAUACUAAGGCCACCCGGAAAUUGGACAUGGAGUUCGUUGUAGUGGGAAUAGUCUCCAACACCAAUGUGAUUCUGGGAAGACCCAGAUUAGAAGAUUUGGAGUGUGUCAUCUCACCUCGUUACCUAUGCAUAAAGUUCCCAACCCCUCGUGGAAUUGGAGUCGCCAGGGGAUCCCAGAGGGUAUCCCGAGCGUGGUAUUUGAAGGCAACUAAACAACCUAUCAAAUACGACACCCAGGAUGCUAAACCGGUGAAGCAGAAGCGGAGGCAUCUGUCGCAAGAAAGGAGAGACUUCGUGAAGAAGGAGGUGACAACCUUGCAGAGUAUUGGACACAUCCGGGAGACUGCGCUAUCAGUUACUGUGAUUGUAAGAGAUGAGAACGGGGCCCAGCAUCCGGUCUAUUAUGUCAGUAAGACCUUGAGAGAUGCAGAGCUGAGGUAUUCCCACCCAGAAAAAGCCAUGUUAGCGGUCUUCUGGACGGCGAAGAGAUUAACCCCGUACUUUCAAGCUCACCGGAUUGUGGUACUCACCAAUGAGCCCUUGGCAUCACUUACGCGAAGCCCAGCGGAAUCCGCCCGAAUGACCAAGUGGGCGGUAUUCAUCAGUCAGUACAAUGUGGAGUUCAGGCCGCGUCCAUCAAUCAAAGGGCAGACACUCGCCGACUUUCAGGUUGAGUGCACGGCCAGGGAGAUGACAAGAGCCCGGGUUGACACCCGAGUAGAAGACGACUGGUGGGUGAUGAGCAUCGACAGAUCUUCCGGGUCCCGAUCCUGUGGAGCAGGUAUUGUCUUGAUCACUCCGGAAAAUUUCCGGAUAUAUUACGCUAUCAGAUUUCAGUUCCGCGUGUCCAACAAUGAAGCCGAAUAUGAGGCCCUAAUUAAUGGACUGAAGAUUCUUGGCAAGCUGGGGGCGUCCAGGGUCCAGGUAUACAGCGACUCCCGUUUGGUUGUGGGACAAAUCAGUGGGGAGUUCGAAGCAAAGGAAGAGAGGAUGAAGAGAUAUCGGGACUUGUCUUUGGAAGUGUUGGGAAAAUUCGAGUAUAAGCUGGAGCACAUACCCAGAGCAUACAAUGCGGAAGCUGAUGUUUUGUCCAAGCUUAGCGCUGAAUCGCCAGAAUAUAUAAGCAAGUUAGCAACUGUGGAGGUGUUGGCAACCCCGAGUCUCAACAUUUGUGAAGUGCUUUGGGUAUCAGCCGACCCCCCGAAGUGGUUGGACAGGUUGGCUAGAUACAUUGAGGACGGGGUGGCCCCCGAAGACCCCCAAGAAGCUCGGUUGUUGCGAAUGAGAGCACCCACCUACAAAGUGAUGGAGGGAAUCCUUUAUAAGAGGUGGGGGAUCGAUAUCGUGGGUGCCCUGCCGAAAGGAAUUGGACAGGCAAGGUGGAUAGUGGUGGCCAUAGACUAUUUCACCAAAUGGGUAGAGGCUGAGCCACUUGCUGGGAUCACAGGGAAGCAAAUGAUUGACUUCGUGGGAACCAAUAUACUUUGUAGGUUUGGGGUCCCGAAGCAGAUCAUAUCCGACAACGGAACUCAGUUUGAAGAAGCGGAGUUCCAAGACUUCCUCAAAACCUGGGGAAUUCAGCAUACGAAGGUAUCUGUAGCCUAUCCCCAGGCUAACGGUCAGGUGGAGAACGUCAACAGGACGAUUAUAAGCGGGAUAAAAAAGAAGUUGCUGUCGGAAAGAAGCAAAUGGGUGGAUGAACUACCCAGAGUCCUAUGGACAUACAGGACCACUCCAAGAAGGGCCACGGGUGACACUCCUUUUGGCCUGGCUUAUGGGUUUGAAGCCCGGGCACCAGCUGAGACGGUGAUCCCAACCAGGAGGGAAAUGACAUAUGACCGGGAAGUGAACGAACAGAAUCAAGCCGUUGAGCUUAAUUUCUUAAAUGAAAGAAGGGAUAAAGCGCGAAUCCGGGCAGAGAAAUACCGUCGCCAGGUGAAAUCUUACUUUGAAAGUAGGGUGAAACCGAGGGCGUUCCAGGUGGGGGAUUACGUCCUAAGAAAGCGAGAAAAGAGUCAACAGACUAAGGGCGGAAAGUUGGCCAAAAAGUUUACAGGGAGGUAGAAAAGUUUAUGCCACCUACUAAAGAUAGGGGAGGUAG